UCUUCAAUGAAAUUGGUUUUAGAUGAUGAAUUGCAGGCGUUGUUGCUCCUCAGCUCGUUGCCAGAAAGCUGGGAGACCUUGGUUGUAUCACUUAGCAACUCUGCUCCAGAGGGUAAGCUCACAAUGGAUGUUGUGAAGUCGAGUCUGCUGAAUGAAGAAGCUAGGAGAAGAGAUCUGAGUUCCUCCAGCUAUUCAGAUCAGGCUCAUGUUGCUGAGGUAGAGAGUCGUGGAAGACACAGACAUAGAGAGUUUGAAUCCAGGGGGAGAUCUAAAUCAAGAAGCGAAGUAAAAUGCUUCUAUUGUGAUAAACCGGGCCAUAAGAUAUCUCAGUGCAGAAAGAUGAAGCGAGAUAAAGCCCAGCAGAAAGAGGAAAAAGGAUUGUACUUGGAUCAUUGAUUCAGGUGCCUCAUGUCAUCUCACACCUCAUCGGGAGUUCUUCUCAUCUUACACUAGCGGUGACUUUGGCUAUGUCAAGAUGGGGAAGGGUGACAAAUCAUCUAAGAUUGUUGGGAUGGGCACUGUUUGUUUGAAGACCAACACUGGUUGCAGGUUGACCCUCAGAGAUGUGAGACAUGUUCCAGAGUUUUAGUUCAACCUCAUUUCAGCUGGAGGACUUGAUGGAGAUGGUUAUGUUAGCCGCCUUGGUGAAGGAAAGUGGAAGCUCACCAAAGGUUCUUUGAUCGUGGCCCGAGGUAAGAAAGAGAACAGGCUUUACGUGAUGCAAGCAAAGAUGUGUAGAGGAGAUCAGAACACUGCGCCCUCCACGGAUUUAUCGCACGAGAGGCUUGGUCACAUGCUUGAGAGUUGUCAGAAUAUCCUCCCUGAAGGUAAUAUUCCUUCUCUUUCCAUACAUUCAGAUCAUGGGGGAGAAGAAGGAGAAAAAUGUUGUGGUGAUGAUGUUACUCGUGAUGGUAAUGUACUUGAGCCACCUCAUUCCGAGCAUGGAGUUCCGCCACAGAGGGUUCCUCAAAUUGGUAUAUUUGAGAGAGUUUGCUACCGGGAAGAAGUGAUGAAGGUGCACCCAUGGUUUCAAGCCAAGCGAGAUGGAGUUAUAUCCUUGCUUGAUGGACGUGGUCAUUCCCUGGUAAAGUUGCAUGGAAGCAAGCGAGCACCCAAGAGCAAUCGGGUGUUCAAGUUGAAGAAAAGAGAGCGUUGCUCACAACCUACGCACUUGGCGCAGUUGGUUGUGAAAGGUUUGUAUGAUAUUUAUCAUCAUUAUGUUUUACCUCGCAUGUAGGAGUGAGGGGGAGAUUUGUUGGGGUAUCCCUCCUACAUGGAGGAAGGAGUUCCUAAACAAUAUACUUGGUGUUAAAAAUAUCCUCUUCUUCAUAUCCAACGGUGGGAUUGUUGUUUUGACCUCUAGAUGUCGGUAAAAUCGCCUCUGUUUACUGCUGCGUUUUUAUUGGGGUUUUCUCACUUUUGAGUGAAGAUUAUUGUUGUUUGGUGUUCCAAGUUAUUACUUGAUGAUUGUGUGUACCUCUAAUUGAUUUAGAGAGGAUUCUUGGUGUACCCACUGAUUUUCUUGGUGAUUAGUGGAAGGCUUCGUGGUUUUCUCCCCGAUUUGGGGUUUCCACGUUAAAUCUUGGUGUUCGUUUAUCGCUUGAUUGAUUGCUUGUUGUUGUGUUUGCUAUUCUUGAUUGGUCAUAUGAUUUUGCCUAUUUUGACAACACAAAGACGGGAGAAUUAUUAAUUGCUUCCGCUAGAAAAUUGAGGCGAUUUUCUUAACAUAAACAUCAACUCUCAAACAAUGCAACACUUAUAAUAUAACUUAAACAUUCAACACAAAAUUUGAAUUGAAAAUAAACAUAUUUAAAUACUGGACAAUCCAAUUCUUAACUUGAGAAAUUAAUAAUUGAGGUCCUAAUUAAAGGAAAGAAAAACAAAAACAAAUACGGAGUAAAAAGGUAUAAAUGGAUAAGUACUCCCCUGAGCUCUUCUACUUUGUCCGUUCGCCGCCGGACCUUCAGCCAUGGCCGCUACCGCCGGAUGCCGCGCUGGAGUUGUCAUCUCCGGACCUAGGGUCGAAACCCUAGGUCGGAUCUACGUCUGCUCCGUUCCUUCUCCCUGUUUCGUUUCCGUAUAUCCUCCCCCCCUAUUUUGUGUGGCCUCAACUUCUUUUACAAUUGAAAUAAGAAGAGAUUGAAAUG